UUUUAUUCUAUUUUUUUUUUUUUAUCUUCUCUAUUUUAGACUUUCCAAAUGUCCGUUGUCAGUGACAAUGAUUCAACAUAUACCGUUACAACAGUGGAAAGUGUGAACGAAGAUCAUAUUUUCGCUGAACCCAUCAAUUCGGAAGACAUUCAAACCUUGAAAACAGCACAAUUCACUCAGCAAAACAUUGAUCGAUAUAUUGACAAAGCUCUCGAAAAAAGUGUCCAUGCAAUUCAGAGAGGAAAAAAGCCCAACUUGGAUAGAAUUACACAUAUAGCGCCAGCUAUUGGAAAGUAUGGAGUAAAAUCUUCACACAUUGAUAUUCUACUUGAUCUUAUUUUUUCUCAACAACUAACUGCUACUCGAAGUAUGUCUCUGGUCAAGUUACUUCUUCCAAGGUCUACAGUAUCUCAAAAACAAAUCCUUCGUAUAUAUGGCAAUCUCUCUUGUCGUGACUACAGCUCUAUGCUUAUGGACAAAUUGUUAGAAUGGGUGAUAUGCAUUUACGACUAUAUUGAUGGAAAGGAACAUAUAUCAAAUCUUUAUGCUGUGUUAUUCCAUUAUUUGACCAUAGAAAGGUUACGACCUCGUCUCUGUCACAUUCUAUUUCGUAUGACCAAAAAGGUUCAUGUCAAAGCCUACCGUGUUCGUUUCUUAUCAAAUCUAGCGAAAAAUAUCAUCCCUGAACCUCAACUUAUUGCACUUAUCAAAUUAUAUCAUAACCUUCGUCCUGAACUCAAAAAUUCAGAAAAACUCACAUCAACAUAUGGGAAAAAUGUCGAUACUAAUCCAGAUCCAAAAUUGAAACGACAAUUAGAGGAAAUCCGGAAACUAUGGUCCAAUGAAACUACUCCUGUGGCAUUCCACUCUGUGACACCUCUUUCUGAUGUGGAUGAACGACAACAAAUAACUGAUAUCGCAGUCUCUACAAAAAAACGAAAAGGACGAACUUCAAGUGAUAGAAAAGAAAGCCCAAGCUACAUUGGUACCAAGUUUCUCAGGAAUAGAUUACAGGAUGAAUUUGACCCUCACGAAUUGGUGAAAUAUUUGGACCGACAAAGUAUACCCGAACAAAUAUUAUCAGUAUUGGACAAUCGAAUGAUUCAGCAUAUCAUUGUUUGUAAUCCAAAUGAUGUAGUGAUACCAAGAAUAUGUAAUGUGCUAGCACAACAACUGAUGGAUCUUCUUUAUUGGAAUCAUCAAACGGCAGAAUCAAAAGAAAUGUUAGAAGAACUGUUGAAUAAAAUCCUGAAAUUGGCUCGGUUUGCGAAGGCACAUAUUCCGGUGAUGGAAAUAUUCUUGGCAAGAUUCUUGAGAUCGUGGAAUGGACUCUAUAUGACAUAUGAAAUAUUUGAAUUAUUGACAUUCAUCAAACCAAGAGGAUUCGAAGAUAUAUUUGAAUCUUAUCUCAAACCACUAUAUCGAUUAUUUUCUGUAUCUGAUGUACAAUGGAAGGCAAAACUUAUUCUAUGUUACAAAAACUGGCUAACAAAUUGGGCUUUAUUGGAUUGGCGUCGACAUUCAGAACGAAGGCAAACCACUUCAAAUGAAGAUAACAAGGAUGAAAUGGACAAUAUAGCAUGGUUGUUUCAAGGUCUAUCCUUCAAUAUUGAUUACUUUGGUGUCAUGCAGCAAAUGAUAUAUCAUGUGGAUCGACUUUGUGUGCAAGGAUUGGUACUGGAACAAGAUCAUCCGAUACUGCAACACGCAUCACUCUCCUUUUUCGAGUUUAUAUCUACUAUAUCAUUGCAUCAUGAUAUUCCCACUAUUAUUCUUCCUGCAGCAUCCCUAGUAUAUCGUAGCUUUUUCUCCUCCAAUGCUAUGGCGAUCUCAAGAAUCUGUGGUAUCCUACAUAACUACAAAUUAUCAUUUGAAGACAACGAUAGAAAAGGGGGCGAUUGGAUGGAUAAACACAGUGAAGAAUAUUUGGAUCAUUUCAAUACUUAUGUUUUAGAUAUUUGUAACUGUUUAUGGCGCAAUCUUGCAUUCAGUGUUCAAUCUACAAACUCAACAGCAUUUUCUGUCUCAUCUGAUAUAGUGGACAUGUUCCGUGAAAAGUGCGAAGAACGGGAUGAUCCGCUGAACUUGAUGUUCUCCCUGACUCAUUCAAGUGCAUUUGCUGGACUUUCAAAACAUUUUAUGAAGAUGAAGGAAAAUGAACUUAAUAUCAUGAAUCCAAACGAAGAUCCUGUCACAGUAGAAAGUGUGAAAAGAAUGGCGGAGACAAGCGGGGUAACCAUGACCUAUUCAGAUUAUAGAGUGGAAUAUUUAUCUCAUUUAGAUAUUCUUGGAUUUCAUGGUAUUCAUGAUUUAUUAUAUUCAUGUAUGUCAUCUCUUAUCAAUAGACAAACGAAUGGAUGAAUAAUUAGUCAAAAUAUUUUAUUUUUUUUAUUUUUAGUUAUAGUUGCU